AUGGCAAAGGGAUCAUUGGAGAGCAAGCUCCAAUUUGAGAAAAAGAACAAAGACCUCAUCCGACUCCCAAAACAUGCCAAAGUCGAGAAGCGCCCUAUACCUCAUGCCCCAGUGGCCUCCCCGUAUGCCGGCGCAUCGGUGCCCAAGAUUGUCUAUGUCUCCAAGUCCACACCGUUCAUGAGCGCCGUCAAACGCGUCCAGAAACUCCUCCUGCAGGCCGAGAAGCGCGCCACCGCAAACAUCAACCUUGAGGAUACGCGUAAGAACGAGAAACAGAUACUCGAGGAGCUGUCGAAGGUGCCAGAGAAGCGGGAGGAAGUCUUUGUGAAGGCCACAGGACGGGCUAUCGAGAAGGCACUGAACGUAGCCAAAUGGUUUGAGGAAAAGGAGACCGCGUACACAGUCCAUGUCAAUACAGGGAGUGUGGUUGUCGUGGAUGAUAUCGUUGAGGAUGAAGAAAUCAAAGCAAAAGAGGAACAAAAACGACAACGGCAGGAAGAGCAAACCCCAACCGACCAGGGGGAUGCGGCUUCUAAGCCGGAAUCCAAGUCAGCCGCAAAAAGAGGAAACGUCAGGUUUCCGCGGCGGAAGAUGACGCUGAGCUGCCCGAGAGUCGGACGAGGUGGGUUAAAAUGGUUGAGGUCGCCGUCAGUCUCAAGUGAAUUCGCCUACAAUCAUUGCGAUAAAACCCUCUACGAUUGUCGGUUAUCCGAUUACACGAUCAUCGUCUGCUGCUCUGAGAAGUUUGACUGCAAACUCCACACCCAUGGCUGGGAAAUUGCCAUUGAUUGUCAUGAACCUGUGGCCAAGCCCAGCAUUGCCAGCUAG